AUGACGUCACAGCCUCGAGAGGGGGCAUCUGCGGGGGUAGGAGAAGGAGGAGGGAGGAACCCUCCACACGAGCGCGCACGAAGGCUGUUAGAGGCUCGCCUUCAAGGGGAGUGGCCCCGGCGUGAGAGCACGCCCGGGGCUUCUAUUCCCCAACUGGCCUUGACCCGCCAGCGGGAGAUCCUCAUUCGUGACUUCAACGCCCAUCUCGCGAACUGCGAGAUUUCGAACCGGCGAUGGUGGAAGGAGGUCUCGGCGCGGCACGCCGCGGGUUUGGCGGCUUUAACUGAAGAGCGCGAUACGGCGCGGGCGGCCUUGGCACAGCUUCAGGAGGAGCAAACCUCCUCGAUUAUGGCAUUGGCCGCCCUCCAAGUGGAGUUGGAGGAAUCACAUAGAGCUGUGGCCAACUGGUCGGCAAGAUGUGAGGGGUUAGGGGCUGAAAAUGAGCAGCUAAAGGGCGAGCUGUCUGAUCAAGCGAACCGCUUUGAGGAGCUGCAGAAGGAAACUCAGUCAACACAAGCAGAGUGUAGUCAAGCGAUCGAAGCGUUAGCGAAUGCUCGGGUGGAGUAUCAGAAGCUAAGAAAGCAGACUGCAGAUCAGGUUGAGGAGCUGCAGCAUGCAUUUGAGGAAGCGCACACGCUGGCGGCCUCUUUAGAGAUCGAUCGAACGCAGUCUAACAAGCUAUUAGAGGACGAAAAGGCCAUGGUAGCGCAUCUUCUAGGCGAAAUAGAAGUGUUGGAGCAAAAAGUCAACUCACGAGCUGAGGAAAUCGUCAACGUCAAUUUCCCCUUUGAAAACCUGUUUUUGGGAGUUACCGAUGAUAGUAAGCCCGCUACUGAGGUAGCUGCUAGCCAUUCAACAGCCGACCUAAAUGCGGUAGAAAAGGCGCUUCAGUCUGCGAAUCAGAUUAUCGUGGACCUUCAUGUGAGGCUUGAGGGGACACAGUCGGCGUUGGCUGAAUCGCGGGCCGCGCGUGAUCACCACCAAAGGGAAGUCAAUGACCUAAAAGCACUACUAGAAGUGAAAUGCGCAGAGCGUGAACGGUUAGCUGCUGCACUGCUUCUAUCCCAGGAGCCGUUUGAACUGUGCGGCGAGCUUCAUCAAACGCUUGCCGAGCCAACAGAGGUAGCUAGCGUGUCUGGAGGGAAUCCCUUCAGCGCUUUCGAUGAUCUUGGUGGAGAAUCUAUGAGUAUGUUCACACCAAGCACGAGCAGAGUUUCGCUGGUGCAUUCGAAUCUAAUCUCCUCACGUCCCCAGGAUGGUUUACCAAUGGAUCAGCAGGCUGAUGAUGAAAUAUUUGGCGACGAGCAAGGAUUUGGUUCUUAUGAUGAAGAGGUAGAUAAUUUUGCUAAUGAUCAUAGUGCAGGCAGUAUGGAUAUCUCUACGAGAAAUUUAUCCGAUAAAAGGCCAGAAAACAACCCUUUCGUUGGGAUUAGCCUCAGGGAAGAGGUGUGGGAAUCUGAGAUUCGUACCAACAACAAACUAGAGGACAGUAAUUUUUCCAACAAUCUUAGAGAGCCCCUUUCUGAGGUCAAAGAAUUCCACUUUGAUUCACGCAGAACAAUGAAAAAUUAUGACGCUGUAGAAAGGCAAAACGAAUUUAGAGAUUCUCAAGAUUAUCAAUGCGAAGAGAAGAAUGAAGAGGAAGCAUUCACUAACAAAGGGGGUCGGACAGAGUUGAACAUGGGAGUAAUGUGUAAAUUAAUCGAAGGUAAAUAUGAGGUUCAAAACUUGUGGCUGCAUAAGCCGAGAGGAGGGGAUGGCCUAGAGGUGGCACCUGGGGAGCCAUUAUCCUCUUUUCCAGAAGGUGGAAUCAAAAGAAGCUUAAAUACGGAUUUUUUUCAAGGCAGUGCUUUCAAUACGCUUACACAAGGGGUGAAGUGUGAGUUAACGUCAUCGAAGAAUGAUCUACCACACCUCAUUUCGGUGGAUCGAGAAGAGGGCAAACGCUUAUGUAGUGCAGCGGCCGAUAUGUCCACGAUGGGAAAUUACAUUCACAAGUUGGAAAGACAGUUGGAGACGUUACAACUAAGACUGAAUGCGUAUGAACAUGAGCGCUCUCAACCCUUCCCUGAGAUGGAGGAAAUUAGGCGAAAAUACGCGGAAACCCAGCACCGUUUGCUAAUGGCUGAGCGUGAAAAUGCGGAGCUCGCGUUACAGUUGGCCACGAUGCGGUCUCGUACUAUCCCUAUGGAGGGGCUUGGGGACGUGAGGGGGGGGCAGGGGCCCGCCAUCGGUACGAGCGUGAACGCGGACAAUUGUCUUGCGGCCGCUGGUGAGAUUGGACAUUUAGGGAACACCGCGGACUCAGGAACGUUAGGGAGUUUCCCGUUAGGCUUAGCCUUGGGCGGUACGAACGACAUUUCUUUGUUUGGUGAUGGGUCUGGCUCUGGUGUGGGGCGGAAUGGCCAUCACUGGAGUGCGGCUGCUGGGGAAGGGGUGUCGGCUUCGCUUCCGGCCUGUGAAUCCCACUUCGUGGGGGGUGUUCGAGCAGGCCGGAUCCCUUCCUCCACGACGCCAUGUGCGUUUGAGGAUCUCACCGGCGGCGGUGCGGGCGAUGAGGGGUCGAAAUCUCUCCAGCCAACUCGCCAUUCCGAUGAGUUGAUGUCGUCGGCUCUGGCCAUGGAGGAUCUGGGUCACCGCUACGCGGACGCGCAACAUCGGCUGACGCUUUCGGAGGAAGCACGUUCUUUGCUUGAGUCGGAGGUGCAGGAGCUGCGCACGCGUGUGGAGGACCUGGGGAUCCAGCUGUGGGAGGCCCAGCAGGGUAUUAGGCCAACAAAUGAAGCGCUCCCCAGCGUCCGUUCUACUGAGGCCCUGGGGCCGAAUCCCUUUUUGGAUAUUCUUCCCCCUAUCCCGACGCUUGAGCAGAAUGAUGGAGUGAUUCUGCAUAAAAGCAGCAAACUGAGCUCUUUCCAGGCUCUUAUUGAGCGGUUUGAAAGUGUCAGUGGCGGCGAUGCCGUUUUAUCCGAUGAGUUUCAACGCCAGCUAGAGGAACUAAAAGGUUAUCACGACCAAGAGCUUGAGGAUUUGGCCGAAAAUGCGGCAGCGCAAAUAGCCGAGCUUGAAGCAACCUACACACAGCGUAUCACGAAUAUGGAGGAUGAAAUGCGCGAUCUCUUGUCAAGACAAGACCAAGGUGCAUCCUCCACCCGUGAGGAUGGCCGUCAUCAACCAACCAGUACGUCGAACGAGGCAAGAGAUGACGAUGGCCAGGACGAUAAACUGAAUACUCAGAGUACGUGUAUCCAGAGCUUGAACGAUGCAUUGACUGAGAUGAAAGGAGCGGUCGAACGCUUUGAGGUUGAGCACGAGGCUGAUUUACAGGCAGUCGCGCAAGCAAUUGAUAUUCAGUUAUUGGAAAAUGAUAAGAUUCUGGAAAGACGUUUGGAGCAGCAGCGUAUAUUUUAUGAAGGUCAUAUUAGCGAUCUAGAGGAUGCUUUGAAGCAGCAGCAAGAGGCAUAUUUUAAGCUUGAGACUGAAUCCGCCAGCGCCGUCAGAGCCUUGAGCGACAAUGCGGAAUCUCAGGCUGCUUACUGGCGCGAUGAGCACUCCAAGCUCAGCUUGAAUUUUCAGAAACUACUGAAAGAGUACGAGGGCUCUAUGCACAAUUUACAAACCUUGCAGGAACACAAGGGGCAAACUCAACAUCAGGAGGAAUUAAAUAUCAAUUCCAAGGCUGCAUUUCUACUUAACCCACAGCUGCAGGAUCGUCCUGAGGACAUAAAUAGUUACAUACAUGUUACUCAGGAUAACACUUCUGGGUGCGAUGUACAGUUUCAAGUUACACAAGGAGAGUUCGAAAAAAUUAGGACGCAGUGCACUGCACAGGUAACUCAUCUUGAGGAAACAUUGGAAAAAAGGAUGAAGGAGAUCGAACAUUUAACUCAAAGCAACGACGAGCUUGGGGUGCUUCUUAAAGGCGGCGCAAGCACGAUGCAAACCAAGCUACAAGAUCAACAAGAGCAAAUUGAGUCAGCCAAUCUAAGAGUUCACCAACUGGAGGAGGAGUUGUCCCGCUCACAGGAUGAACUUGUUCAGUGUGCAAACAUGAUCGAGCUACUAAAAGGCACCGAGAAGGCUGCCCAGGAGCAAGUUCUGAGUGCCGUGGCUAUACAACGUGAUCUCAGCACUCAAUUACAUGAGGCGAAGCGCCGUGUAUGGGAAGAGCAACAUGCAGCAGCUCAAAAGCUUCAGAGUGUGGUCCGAGAACUGGAACAAAAAGAAGAACAGGUGAAGUAUCUUCACACGCGUGAGAUUGAGGAUCUUCAGAAGCAGUUAGAGAGCAUCCGGGUAGAGUUAGAAGUACCUCAGACCAUGCCCACUACAUUUACCUUAGAGGAUGAGAAGUUUGAAUUAGUCAAGCAACGUCUCACAGACGCACUGGUGAAUAAUGAUCAAUUACAAGCCUCAUUACGCGAUGCGAGCGCAGAGAUACAAGUUCUACACGGUGUGGUAGAUCCCAAAAACUCUAGCCAAAGGGAGAGUACGACUUCUAUCAGCAGCAAUGACGCUCCGGCCGACUCGCUUCUGCAGCAUAUCAUGAAACUCGAGUUCCGUAUUAAAGAGCUUACAAACGAUCGUAGUACACUAGAGGAUGAAAAAGCUGAAUUAGAGAACAAUCUCAAAGAUGCCGUGAGUAAAAUAAAUGAGAAGGAAAAGAUCUUACAGCGACAGAAAAUCGAAAUUCAGAAUUUACAUCAUCAGUUGUUGAGCAUUCAGGAGAAUCUUGAGGAAAAGACUCGGGAGCAUCAACAUCUAUCACAUGAUUUGAGCCUAGUCCAGGAGAAUUCCAUUCAGCUCGCCACGGCCUACGAGGAGUUGCAGAGUCAUUCGAUUAAUGAUGCACAUUAUAUUACCGCCCAGAAGCAUAUGGAGGCAUUGCUGAUGGCGAAGAUGAUAUGUGUACCACUUUUCCUACAGGAGUAUCUUGAUGCUAUUUUCGGCAAUUUUAUGCUUUUGGUCGUUCCCGAGUGGAAACAAAGACAUUUGUUGGAACAGUGCGACACUGUCGAUAGGUUGGAAAAGGGAGAAAUUUUGACAGAGGUGGCGUUGGUGGAUGCUCAUCAGGCAAAACUAUCACAAAAAAAAAUAGAUUAA